AUGUCGAAGGGUGAAUUAGCUUGUGUCUAUGCAGCUUUGAUGCUUGCUGACGAUGAUAUUGAUAUCACUGCUGAUAAAAUCAACACGGUUUUGAAGGCAGCGAAUAUCAAGUCCGUGGAGCCAUUUCUUCCUGGUCUCUUUGCCAAUGCCCUGCACGGCAAGAACGUGAAGGAUAUGCUGUUGAACGUUGGCGCUGUGGGAGCCGGUGCACCAGCACCCGCUGCUGCAACUGCCGCUCCGGCGACCGGUGGUGCUGCGGCACCUGCUGCUGGCGGUGAUAAGAAGGCAGAAGAGAAGAAGGUGGAGUCCGAAAGCGAUUCGGAGGGGUCCCUGAACUUCGAUCUAUUCGGUUAA